ACGCGUUACAUUCGUCGAGGAAUCGUCCGGACCAUAGGUUGUCCGUGUUUCGUCACGUACCUCUUUUGUGCGUCCGUCAUCGUCAUCAUCAUCAUAUAUAAUAUUUUAUUGUUGUUAAUAUUAUGUAUUGCGCGAAGAGUGCAGCAGUUAAAAACGUUCUCACACGAGCCCAUUGAAAAUCGUCACGUGCGUGUGUAUUAUGUGGUAGCGAAUAUAAGAGUUCAAAAACCUUUUGUCGUCCGUCGCCGGCACCACUAUACAACAGAGGUCGCGACAAGUCGCACGCGGGGGCUCCGCCGACUAGUUUUUCGUCCGUCUUCCGACUCCGCGGCGAGUAUACCUAUUACAGAGAGCUGGUUAUAAUAUACGUGCCCGAAGACCCGGUCCAUUCGUAAUCCGCUCGCCUUUUACCAACGAUGCUUCUGCACGCUCCGACCGCUACCGCCGCCGCUGCGCUCGUUCUGUUCGCUGGUUUAACGCUAGGACAGCAACAAAACAACCGUGAAUUCCAAUGUCCCGAGAAACCAGGAUUCUACGCCGACCAGAUACAAUGUGAUCUGUACUACCACUGUUCUGUGGACGGCGAACUUACGGAAAAACUCUGUCCUGAUGGACUGCUGUUUGAUGACACCAGCCCUAGUCAUGAGAGAUGCGAUACGUCUGUAAAUGUGGACUGCGGUCAGAGGACCGUUCAGCAGGAACCGAAACCGUCUAAAGGCUGUCCUCGGGCCAACGGUUACUACAGACAUUGGGAUGAAGGCUCUUGUGACAAAUUCGUCAAUUGCGUGGACGGCGUAGCCAAUGAGAUGCCCUGUCCACCUGGUCUGAUAUACGACGAUUCAACUAGUUCUUGCGCCUGGUCGACGGAGAGCAAGAGGCAAUGCACGACAACCAAAAAAGAGGUCCUCACCGAUGGUUUCUCAUGUCCGGAGGGUGACGUGGUCGGUCCUAACGGCAGAAUCUUACCUCAUCCGACGUUUGCGCACCCCGAUGACUGUCAGAAGUUCUACAUCUGCAGGAACGGCGUUAUCCCGCAAUACGGUAGCUGUUCCGCAGGUUCAGUGUAUAACGACGUGUCGUUCAAGUGCGACGAACCGGAAAACGUACCUGGAUGUGAAAAUUAUUACGAAAACGAGGACGAGAAGAAGAGUGGAAAAAAUUAAAAUCUCAUUUGUAUUACCUAUGUAGUGUAAUUAUUUUAUAUUUAAAUGUAAAAUAAAUAUUUUUGUUGUUUUAAAAAACAAUCACAAUGUACAUUAUACUAAAUAAAAAUAGUAGUUAAUUGCAUCCUAAAAUGUAUCCAACAAUGUAUAACUCUUUAAGUUAAUUUAAAAUAAAUCCUUGAAAUACUAAAAUGAUAA